CCUAUUAGAUUUAGCUUUGCACUUUUUCCUUUAUCGUUAAAUACAAACUACUAAUUCUUACUCUCUAAUAUGCAUUUCAAGAUCUUUAAUAAAUUUUAGUUGACAACAAACUAUACUGUAGCCUAUCCUUCCCAAGCCUCUAUAUUGUUUAAGAGGGGCAUUUGUCAGCACAAAGAUAUCGGAGGCUUUUCUUUAAAUGGUGUUCUUGGAAUCAUCUCAAAGCCACCUGCCAGAUCUAAUGAAAAUUGUCCCAAGCUUCCCUACCGCAAUCUCAUUGUGGUAGACGUAGACUGAAUAACAGUGCAACUAUUCUACGCUUCAAUUACAGUUGUAGAAUGCGAUUGACAUUCACUAAUCAUCUCAAUCUCAAUCUCACAACAUUAUGUAGAGAGGGCCAGCUGAAGGAGGCGCUGCACAUUCUGCUUACUACACAUAAUCCCCCCGGAGAAUCCUCUACAUAUCUUCAAUUAUUGCAGACCUGCAUAGUCAAGAACGCUCUUUCAAAAGGGAAAAAUGUCCACUCUUUUAUCGUUCACAGGCGACUUGCAUUUGCUACAGGCACAAGUUUUCAGAAUAACCUUAUCAACAUGUAUGUCAAGUGCGGAAGUUUGGCAGAUGCCAGUAAAGUGUUUGAUCACAUGAAAAAACGAGACAGGGUCUCAUGGAAUACGGUGAUUGCAGCAUACCAAAGACAUGGGUAUCCUUACGAAGCAGUCACACUGUUUCACCAAAUGCAACGAACAGGUGUCCAACCCGAUCAGUUUACAUUUGCCAGCGUCCUCCCAGCCUGUGCCAAAAUGGGAGGUUUAGAUCAGGGUAUAAAUAUUCAUCAAAGCAUAAAGGAUAGAGGAAUUUCGCCAGACGUAGUAGUUGCAACUGCACUGGUCGACAUGUAUGCAAAAUGUGGAAGCAUAAACAAGGCACGUGAAUUGUUUGACAGAAUGCCUCAAAGAGAUGUCUUCUCAUGGAAUGCAAUGAUUGUAGGAUAUGCACAAAAUGGGUUUGUUGAAAAGGCUUUACAAACUUUCAAGCAAAUGCAAUUGUCAGGUGUGAAGUUAAAUUCCACUACCUAUGCCAGCAUCCUCCCUACCUGUGCUAAAAUGGGAGCUUUGGAACAGGGUAUGGACAUCCAUCAAAGAAUAACAGAAGGUGGAUUUCUGUCAGAUGUAGUAGUUGCAAAUUCCCUGGUAGACAUGUAUGCAAAAUGCGGAAGCAUAAACAAGGCACGGGAACUGUUCGACAAAAUGUCUCAAAGAAAUGUGGUCUCAUGGAAUGCCAUGAUUGCAGGAUAUGCACAAAAUGGAUUUUUUGGAAAGGCUUUAGAAACUUUCAAGGAAAUGCAAUCGGCAGGUGUAAAGCCAAAUUCUACAACCACUGCCAGCAUACUCUCUGCUUGUGCCAGAAUGGGAGUUUUGGAACAAGGUAUGGACAUUCAUCAGAGCAUAACGGAAAGGCAAUUUUUGUCAGAUGUUGUCAUUGCAACUGCCCUGGUAGACAUGUAUGCAAAAUGUGGAAGCAUAGAGAAAGCGCAUGAACUGUUUGAUAAAAUGAUUCAAAGAGACACGGUCUCAUGGAAUGCCAUGAUCGUAGGAUAUGCACAAAAUGGGUUUGUUGAAAAGGCCUUAGAAACUUUUAAGCAAAUGGAACUGUCAGGUGUAAAGCCAAAUUCAACAACCUUUUCCAGUAUCCUCCCAGCCUGUGCCAAAAUGGGAGCUUUGGAACAGGGUAUUUAUAUCCAUCAAAGCAUAACGGAAGGUGGACUUUUGUCAGAUGUUGUAGUUGUAAGUGCCCUCGUAGAUAUGUAUGCAAAAUGCGGAAGCAUAGACAAGGCAUGUGAACUGUUUGGGAAAAUGCCUCAAAGAAACGUGGUUUCGUGGAAUGCUAUGAUUUUAGGAUAUGCUCAGAAUGGACUUGUUGAAAAGGCUUUAGAAACAUUUAAGCAAAUGCAAUUGGCAGGUGUAAAGCCAGACUCGACAACCUUUGCCAGCAUCCUCCCAGCCUGUGCCAAAAUGGGAGCUUUGGAACAGGGUGUGGACAUCCAUCAAAGCAUAGCGGAAGGAGGAUUUUUGUCGGAUAUUGUAGUUGUAAAUGCCCUGGUAGACAUGUAUGCAAAAUGUGGAAGCAUAGAGCAGGCACGAGAUCUGUUUGACAAAAUGCUUCAAAGAAAUGUGAUCUCAUGGAAUGCCAUGAUUGCAGGAUAUGCACAAAAUGGAUUUUGUAAGGAUGCUCUCAAAGUCUUUGAAUUAAUGAAGCACUCUGGAGCAUAUCCUGACAUCGUAAGCUUUGCAUGUGUUCUAUUUGCAUGCAGCCAGGCAGGUUUAGUGGAUGACGGUUGUACAUACUUCAAUCACAUGAGUAACCUUUAUUGCAUUACGCCUUCAGUUGAUCAUUAUGCCUGCAUGGGUGACCUUCUUGCCCGUGCUGGCUAUCUUGAGGACACCCUAAACUUUAUCAUUAAGAUGCCAAUUAAACCUGUUGUGGUUGUGUGGAUGUGUUUUCUUGGUGCCUGUAGAUCACAUAGGAAUAUAGGCUUGGGAGUAUUUACAGCCAUGUUGCUUUUUGAUUUGGAUCCUAAAAAUGCUGCGACUUAUGUUCUUCUCUCAAACAUCUAUGCAGAAUUAGGCAGGUGGGGUGAGGUUGGAAUGCUAAGGAGAUUGAUGAAAGAUAGAGGAAUAAAAAAGAUCCCUGGAUGUAGCUGGAUUGAAGACCAUAAAAUGGUACAUGUUUUUUGUGUAGGAGAUAGAUCACACCCACAGACAGAGGAGAUAUAUGCAAAUUUGGAGAAAUUAGAUUGGGAGAUGAAGGCAGCAGGAUAUAUUCCAGAUAUAGGGCAUUCACUUCAUGAUGUUGAAGAGGAGGAAAAAGAAUUAUUUCUCUCUCACCACAGUGAAAAAUUGGCAAUUGCAUUUGGUUUUUUAAACACCCCCCCUGGUACAACUAUCAGAGUUGUUAAGAACCUUCGAGUAUGUGCCGAAUGUCACACUGCAACGAAAUUUAUCUCCAGGAUUUUUGGAAGAGAAAUUGUUGUGAGAGAUGCAAACCGUUUCCAUCAUUUUAAACAAGGAAAAUGUUCUUGCGGAGAUUAUUGGUGAUGCUAAAUGUGUCACAUCCCCCAUUUUGCUCUCCCAAAAAUUAGAAAUAAAGAAAUAAAGUAUCUGACAUAUUGAAACUCAUAAGGCAUGGGCUGCGUAUGGGCCUACUAUGUGGGCAUUUAUUAAGAGAAAAGGGGGAGGCCUGAUUGCCAAUUGUUUGAAAAACAAAGUACGGUGGAUGAUUGACCAGUAACCCCAAUAAAGGAGUAUGGUGCCAAGAAAGGUUACGGGGGGACAAACUCAUGUUGAAGUAUGGGCAAAUCUUAUUUUCUAUUAACAAAGAAUGGGCACAGCUGAGCGAGAGGCAUUCAUGCCAUUAUUACGGUAUGGAGAUCAUUUAUUUGCAUGGAAAUAAUCGACUAGAGGACAAAGACUCAGAGACAUUCUGGCCAAAAAAAAAAAAGGGCAACACAGAGGUAAAAUCACAUGUUCCACAACCCGUGUGAGCAUCCUCACUAUUGCUACCGAAAAUGAGAGCUUUCAGUGGGCUACGUAGGUCCAUCAAAGCAUUAAGAGAAAGUAAUUUUGCUGAAUUUUGGCUUGGUCAAUAUGUAUGAAAAAUUUGGGAGCACAUGAACUGUUGGACAAAAUACUUGAGAGAAAUCUGGUCUCAUGGAAAUGGAAUGCAAUAAUCAUAGGAUAUGCACAAGUUGUAUUUGGUAUAGGCUUUAUAAAAUUUCAACUGAAUGCAAUUGGCCAUGUAAGCUAGAUUCCAUAGCCAUUUCUAGCAUCCUUCCUACCUGUGAUGAAAUAGGAGCUAGCUCUACGUGAGCUCUUGUAAAGUAUACGCAGUUGCUUUGUGGAGAGAAAGGUAUGGUCACUCAUCAAAAUCUAGGGUAGAGAGAUUUUGUUGACACAAGAGAGCAGAUUUUGAACAGCACUUACCAGGACGUGGGAAGAGGGAUCUUGGAAACAUGAAGUGGCAUUAGAGGAAGAAACAUAGCGAUAGAGAUACAAGAAGGAAGUGCUGCAAAUUUCAACACCUGAAUUAAGGAAUAACUUCAAUUUCAUCACCAAAGCUAAGUAUAAACAUCUCUCAAUACUAUUGGGUUUAGGAUAUCGAUUUUUAGGGAAGAAUAUGUUAUGGAAAAUGAACGAUAGCUAUAAUUUUUAUGGAGUCAUCUUAUCAUUUUACCUAAGACUUGUCAAUUGCAAAGAUU